AUGUCUUUUUUGCCAUGUUAAUCGCUCAACCAUUAAGUGAGGAGGGAAGACACUUGUUGUCCUGGACAAUCACAGACUGAGACCCCUUAGAGUCCUGCUCUGACCUGAAACGGACAUGGGGAAAGUCUACUAUGUCAGUAAAAAUGUGGGCCUUGGGUUGCUUGUACUGGCGGCCACCGCUUUGGCCACGAUAAUAGCUUUGUCCAUUGCCUACGACAAGGAAAGGGCCAAGAAUCAAGGCAGGCCUGGAGAUGGAGGGGCAGACAGCACCAGCAUGCCUGAACCUGCUACUACCGCCUCCACUCUAAAGGAGCCCUGGGAUCGCUACAGACUUCCAGACUCCCUUGUUCCUGUCUCUUACAACGUGACCCUGUGGCCCCGGCUGGAGCCCAACACAGACGGCCUGUACAUCUUCACUGGACAUUCAGCGGUGGUCUUCAGGUGUGUGAAGGAAACAGACCUCAUCAUCAUCCACUCCAAUAAGCUGAACCUCACCAACUUCCAUGGGCACCAUGCCAAACUGAGUGGCCGGGGUGAAGUCGGUGCACCUGCUAUACAAAGGUCUUGGCUUGUGGUGAAGACGGAGUAUCUGGUCCUUCAGCUGCAGCGCAGACUAGCCGUGGGAGCGACCUAUGUACUAUACACUGAAUUUCAGGGAGAGCUGGCGGACGACCUGGAGGGCUUCUACAGGAGUGAAUAUGUUGAGGAUGGUGUGAAGAAAGUUGUUGCUACCUCGCAGAUGCAAGCAACGUUUGCCAGGAAGACCUUUCCAUGCUUUGACGAGCCGGCCAUGAAAGCUGUCUUCAAUGUCAUCAUCAUCCACAAACAAGGCACUGUGGCUCUGUCCAACGGCAGGGAAAAAGAUGUUGCAGACUCUGUUAUUGAUGGGAUUCCUGUCAAAGUUACUACAUUUGAGCCCACAGAGAGAAUGUCCACAUAUCUGUUGGCAUUUAUUGUCAGUGACUUUGUUAGCAUUCAGUCAAACCAAAACCACAACUUGUUGAUUCGAAUCUGGGCUCGAAAAAAAGCCAUUGAUGAAAGACAGGGUGACUACGCGCUCAACGUUACUGGGCCGAUCCUUCAGUUCUAUGAACAUUACUACAAUGCAACAUAUCCACUCUCCAAGUCAGAUCAGAUAGCUCUGCCCGACUUCAAUGCCGGGGCGAUGGAGAACUGGGGUCUGGUCACAUACAGGGAGACGGCCCUACUCUUCGACCCCAUUGAAUCUUCCACUGGAAACAAAGAGAGAGUUAUAUCGGUCAUCUCUCAUGAACUUGCACACAUGUGGUUUGGCAACCUGGUGACUCUGCAAUGGUGGAAUGAUCUGUGGUUGAACGAGGGCUUUGCGUCAUACGUGGAAUACCUGGGAGCUGACUAUGCUGAGCCCACCUGGAACAUGAAAGACCAAAUCAUCCUGUAUGACGUGCACAAGGUGUUUGCUGUGGACGCCCUGGCCUCCUCUCACCCGCUGUCCCGCCGAGAGGAGGAGGUCAAUGAGCCUGCCCAGAUAAGCGAGAUGUUUAACACCAUCUCCUACAGCAAGGGAGCGGCCGUGCUCAGGAUGCUGUCAGAGUUUCUCACUGAGCCCGUGUUUGCCAGAGGACUCAGUUCUUACCUAAACAAAUUUGCCUUCAGUAACACAGUGUAUACAGACCUGUGGGAUCAUCUCCAACAGGCUGUUGAAAACACACCAGGUAUUCAUAUACCACACACUGUCCAUGACAUCAUGAACCGCUGGACUCUCCAGAUGGGCUUUCCAGUGGUCACUAUUGACACCAGGACAGGAAGUAUCACUCAGAAACACUUCCUGUUGGAUCCAGACUCUGUAGUGGAGAGGCCCUCUCAGUUCAAUUACAUAUGGUUUGUCCCUAUUACAUGGAUGAAGACAGGUGUGGAGCAGCAACAGUACUGGCUCCUUCAGAAGACAGAUACCAACAGUAAGAUGCAGGUGUCGGGACAGGACUGGGUGCUGGCCAACACCAAUGUAUCUGGAUACUUCAGGGUGAACUAUGAUCCUGACAACUGGAACCGUCUGCUCUCCUUGCUCAACACCAACCAUCAGGCUUUACCAAUCAUCAACAGAGCACAGAUCAUAGACGACGCCUUCAACCUGGCAAGAGCCAAAAUAAUCAGUACAACAUUAGCCCUGACAACUACCAAAUACCUGUCCAAGGAGAGAGAAUACAUCCCCUGGGAGUCAGCUCUGAGAAACCUCAACUACUACACCCUCAUGUUUGACCGCACUGAGGUCUAUGGAGCUUUACAAACAUACCUCAAGAGACAAGUACAGCCACUUUUUGAGUACUUCAAGACAAUUACAGCCAACUGGACCAAAGUACCAGCAGGACACACUGACCAGUAUAAUCAGGUCAAUGCUAUAGGGAUAGCCUGCCGUAUGGGUGUUGGGGGCUGCAGGGAGUUGACCAAAAGCUGGUACAAACAGUGGAUGGAAAAUCCAAGUCACAACCCGAUCCAUUCCAACUUGAAAAGCACAGUUUACUGUAUUGCCAUAGCUUUUGGUGGAGUGGAGGAGUGGGACUUUGCCUGGACAAUGUUCAAGAACGCCACUCUGGCCUCUGAGGCUUCCAGGCUCAGGUCAGCCAUGGCCUGCACCAAAACACCGUGGCUUUUGAACAGGUAUCUGGAGUACACCCUAGACCCGACUAUGAUCCGCAAGCAAGACGCCACCUCUACCAUCCAGUACAUCGCAUCAAAUGUUGUGGGGAUGCCCCUGGCCUGGAACUUCGUCCGAGCAAAAUGGAGUUACAUUUUCCAGCAGUAUGGAAGAGGAUCGUUUUCCUUCUCUAACCUCAUCAAUGGACUCACGAGGAGAUUCUCAACAGAGUUUGAGUUGCAGGAGCUGAAGAAAUUCAAAGAAGACAACCUUCAUGUUGGUUUCGGCUCAGCCACAUUGGCCCUGGAGCAAGCCAUAGAAAAGACCACAGCCAACAUCAAGUGGGUGACAGAGAAUAAAGCCAGCGUGCUUAAGUGGUUUACUGAGGAGUCCACAUGAGAACAUUUUUUGCCUUUUUUUUUUUUUAUUGUCAGGGAUAUGUAAUGUGUAACAAUCAUUAUAAUUAUCAGGAGCAACAAAUGACCAGCCUCUUUUCUGACAGUUUCACAACGACAACUGGUUUGACUAUACAUCACUGGACAUCAGCUUCAGUGUAAAGCAACAGACAUAGGAUGAUCAGUGGACCACAGGUUUCACUAUGUAUAUCUGUGAUGUAGUGUGAAAUAAAUAAGUUGAACUCUCACCUCUAGCUGUCAUUUUACUCAAAUAACUUUUAUUUUUACUGCCAGAAAUUCAUUAAUUUAUGUUUCAUUUCUAUUUUUCCCCAUCUACUUCACUUUAUAAUUUGCUGUUUAUUACGAUGUAUGCAAUGCAUUUAUACCAUGAACAUGAAACUUCAUACUGUAUUUUAAAGAGAUGGCAUUAUGAAUAAAGUUGGAUGUGUGUGGACCACAUGUGUGUACCUC